CACGUGGAGAGGUUUGGGACUGGGCUCCACAACGCGACCUCAAUAGUUGCGUAGCGGGUUGAUACACCGCCAUGUGGUCUAAUUGAUGUGUCAGAGCACAUCAUGAGCGCUCGAAUUGUAAUCUUGCGAACCGCGAACUGAACGACACUGAAACAGCUUGGAAGUGGCCUUUUACAUUUUAAUUUCACCAGAAGACUAUUGUUACAAUUUUUCACGCCUUGUUUUCCUGCCUUUUCUUUUGUCACAUGGAACAAAGCGUUAUGCGCACCUGUCAGAGAACACAGUAACGACCAGCAAACGGGGGGUUGGCCACUGUUUAUUAGAAGAGCCAGUUUUAAAUGAUCGGACCGAUUUGGUGUGAGUUAUCAGGAAUUCUUCCUCAAAACUGGGAUCUAUGAGCGGGAAAGCAUUACUAAAGACGAAAGAAGAUAAGGAUGCAACUAAGGAGCCUCAGCUCAAGGGGAUAGUCACCAAGCUCUACAGUCGACAAGGUUUUCAUCUACAACUCCAAGCUGAUGGGACCAUCGAUGGUACAAAAGAGGAAGAUAAUAGCUAUGCUAUUUUCAACCUCAUCCCUGUUGGGCUGCGGGUGGUGGCUAUACAGGGUGUCCAGACCAAGCUCUACCUGGCCAUGAACACUGAAGGCUACCUGUACACCUCUGAGCACUUCACGCCAGAGUGCAAAUUCAAAGAGUCAGUGUUUGAGAACUAUUACGUGACAUACUCAUCAAUGAUCUAUCGGCAACAGCAGUCGGGCCGAGGCUGGUACCUGGGUCUCAACAAAGAGGGUCAAAUCAUGAAGGGCAACCAUGUAAAGAAGACCAAGCCGGCUGCACACUUCAUUCCCAAACCCCUCAAAGUUGCCAUGUACAGAGAGCCGUCGCUCCACGAACUGACUGAGUUCUCCCGCUCCGGAAGUGGCACUCCAACCAAGAGCCGCAGCGCUUCAGCCAUGCUCAACGGUGGCAAGACUCUGAGCCAGAAUGAGUCAACAUAACCGCAGGGCACAACUGUGGUCUGCUGCUGUACAGCUGCUGGACUCUACCAUCAACUAAACAGCACAAACCCGUUUACAAGAGUGCAGUGAAACCCUUAGCUGGUCGCUAGCUAGUGUUUCCUGAAAUCACUGUGAUGAGAACACAAGUGCAAACCUGCAUUGUACAAUCUUCUGCAGGUCAACCUCGUGAGACAAACAAACCAAGCCAUCUUUCUGAUGUAGGGGUCUGAUUCCAUUUGCGGGCGAUCCCCGUUUCCAUGUGUAGCAUACAGAGCUGUGGUUUUCUCCUGUGGCAUUUUCACAGAAUCUUCUAGGACACCUACUUUUUGUGUUUUGCUCCAUUUCUCUCUUAGGGAUGCCAGCUCCAUAGUGCUAAGUCACCUACAAUAUGACAAUAGCAGCUUGUGCGACCCAUUUAUUGGUAUAUAGAGACAGAAAUCCCAAAGGUUUUUGGACAUAUGAUUCAAGUAAUUCAGCUCAGCUUUUUUGAGGCAGCGGUUCAUUGUUGUGUGCUUUUUAGAUGAGGCGUUUUGCUCCUCGCUUCUCUUUUUCUGUCUUUUCAGCUUUCCUCCACACAUUGUUAUUCUGCAAAUUAUACAGAUUUAGGGUUUGGUCUUUCUGCACACCAAAGAUGUCAUUAGUCUCUUUGUAUGGAGGUAAGUCAAUUUGUGUAAUUUCAGCUCCCUCAGACAGAUGGUUGAGAAAACCGCAAGAGUGAAUGUCAUUUAGUCAGAGGAAAUGUAUUCAGGAUAGAAGAAGGCUACUCGCUGUGUGUCCCUGCUUUUUUGUCUGUUUAUGUCUUCCUUUACUUCCCCUCUAAUUUGGGAACCCGGUAUCUUGGAGAAAUGUUUAAAUUAUUGAUUAAUGCCAACACGGUAUGAUUUCCGUAACAACAGGGCAGGCUCCAGCCCCCCAACCCUCUUUUUCGUAAACAGAAAUAUAAUGAAAACCAAGCAAGAGAAAGCUUCCAUUGCUUUUACAGGGCUAAAUCAGCAUAAGUAAAUAAUUUGUGUGUGAAAAUGUAUUCUUAUUGUUCUUCUUUCUUGUCCUCAGUGGUCAGGCAGCAGCCCCUGUUUAUAAUUUUAAUCAAAAUCCUCUUCCGUUGUAUGUAUGUAUGUAUGUAUGUAUGUAUGUACUGUAUGUAUGAAGCAUAUAUAAUGCAUGGGGGACUAUGGACGCUGCAUGUUAUGUGGCUAUGUAUAUUAACUACAAUAUGGAACCAUGUGCUCUAAUGGAUACUGGAGUAAAAUACAAAUGUAUAUAAAUGCAUUUUAUCCUGC